AAAGCCCGCUUGGCCAGGAUACGAAUAUCCAAGACUGGAAGCUCCAACGCCUUCCUCCACAGCAAGCGCAACGGCCUGUUCAACGAAGCUCUAGAGCUCACGCAACUUCCAUACAAGAUGAACCUUUCAGAUCAGAGUUCCACUGAGGAUGAGCAACGUUUAAGCAAGUCUACCUCUCUAUUAGAGAGCCAGCACCACCACCUGCUGCACUGUCUGGAGAAAACCACCAACCAUGAGUUUGUGGAUGAGCAGUAUUACCAGCAGAGCUACCUGGAGGCAGGGCUGCAGAAUUACCCCUCUCGAAGCCCCUCCCUGUCCAGCCAGGACGGUGUGACCGGGACAUGCUGCACCCGCCGGAGCAAGAAGCACCACACCCCUUUACCGAAUGCCAGUGCCCCAGCACACAUGCAGCCUUUGACACACACGCACACACACCAACAAGGCUUGCAGGAGCUCAGUACCAUCCACAUCCAGCCCCUCAGCACCAGCCGCUCCAGUCUGAACAUGCGCGUAGAUGAGCCAGCACCUCUGAACUGCCAGAGCAGCCAGAUCACCACAGCAAUCAUCAGCAUUCCCACACCACCGGUGACGACCCCCGAGGGCGACGCUGCUCAUCUGCCCGCAGGCCCCACCCACCAAAAUGUCGUGAAGGUGUCCGCACUGUGA